GUUACGCCACCAAAGCCGGGCACUCUUUUUACCUUCCACUCCGCAACUCUUCAUCGUCUCCUCUCUCCUCCCACCUCAAACCCUAACCCUAACCUUAACCCUAAUUCCUCUCCCCCGCACCCCCGCCAUGAACUUCUUCAAGUCCAUCAUCUUCUCUGACGACGCCGACCCUCCUUCCCCAUCCGAAGAGGAGGAGGAGGAGGAGAAGGAGAAGGACGAGGACGAGGACGAGGAGGACGACGACGGUGGUGCUCCGGAUCCACAAGCUUCGGCGGAGGAAUCGUCGUCCUCCGAGGGCCCUAACCCUAACCCUAGCGGGUGGAGCUUGGGGGGGCUCAUCAAGGACCUGGCCUCGAAGUCGGAGUCGGUGAUCCGGACCUACCGGCGCGACCUGGAGGAGUUCGGAUCGGGGAUCCGGAAGGAGUCGACGGCGAUCCGCGACGUCGCCGGCGGCGCCCUCGACGCCGGCGCCUCUGUCGCCCAGGAGAAGCUCGAGACCGUGGGCCAGGCCAUCGACGACCUCGGCGGCGCCGUGUGGCGCGGCACCGCCGAGAUCAUCGCCCACGGCAAGGAGGCCCUCCGCUCCAUCGACCUCCCCGAUCCCGAUCCCAAUUCGGAUCCCGAUCCCGACCCCGAUCCCGAACCCUCCUCCUCUGAUCCUUCUCCGCUGUCGCGGCCCCAGCGGAGACCCUAUAGCCGGUUCGAGGCGCAGCUCCUCGCUGCGCAGUCCGAUCCGGGCACCUUUUUAGAGGAGCCGGGAGACGCCGAGGAUUUCGAGAGGUGGAGAUCGGAGUUUGUGAUGGCGGAUAAGGAGGAGGAGAUCGAGAUGCUGUGCUAUGAGAACGCGGCGUUGGAGGGGAUACACGAGAAGCUCGUGCCGGAGACGAUGGAUCGGGAUGCUUUUUGGAGCAGGUACUUCUAUAAGGUUCAUAAGCUCAAGCAAGCGGAAGAAGCCCGGACGAAGCUCGUGAGCAGGGCCAUCUCAGGGGGGCAUGAUGAGGAUUUGAGCUGGGAUGUCGAUGACGACGAUGAUGGGGAGGAAGAUGUGAAGGAGGAGACGGUGAAGAAGGAAGAAGAAGAAGUACAAGAACUAGAACCCAAAGGCUGCAAAGAAAAGGAAGAAGGAGAAGUAACAAAGAAAGAAGUUGUUUUGAAUUCGGAAUCUGUAGAGGAAAAGGUACCUGGGGAAGCAUCUCAACCUGAGAGCUUUAAAGAUUCAGAGGAAUCAGCUGACAAGGAAAGGCCAUCAAUGGCGGGCAAGGCAGAGAAUGCUGAAUCGAACGGCGAGAAAGAUGAGGAAAUGAAGACGGAGACUGCCGAUUCGUGCAAAAAUAGUGACUUUUCAGUGAUAUCGAGCCAGCCCUCGAUGCCCGAGGACGACCUCGGAUGGGACGAGAUUGAAGAUCUCGGGGAGCAGGAUGAAAAGAAGCCGGUCGCUUCGAGUUCGAGCUCACCUCCUAAGGUGGAUCUGCGCAAAAGGCUGAGUGCAGCGGCCGAUGAUGAGGAUUUGAGCUGGGACAUCGAGGAAGACGAUGAACCAACCAAGCCUUGAUUCGAGGGUAUUCUUCUAUCUUUGCAUCAUUCUGUUUCAUCUCGUGCAUGCUGCAAGAAUCUAAUGGCUGUUUGGUGCAUGAUUUGUUAUCAAAGUGCAAAAGUGGUGAAUGUGAUCGACAACAUCUAAAUGCGUAUAUACGUGGUGGGUUACAAAGUUUUAAGCAUUAUGUAGUAUCAAAGUGUAGUAUCUAAAUUAAUUAUUCAUAAUUCUUCAUCAAAAGUUAUUGUUUGAUGCACAAGAGUUAGGUUUUCAAAUUAAUGACCUUAUACACAAGUAGCUGCCAUCUAGAUGUACAUGCAUACACUACAUCUUGUUUAAGAGCUUAUACACAAGUAGCUGCCAUCUAGAUGUACAUGCAUACAUGACAUCUUAUUUAAGAUCAUUAUCUCUUUGUUAUGCUUAA